CGUGACUCGGGCGGCAAGCGAUGGUCUGUGCAUUGAGAGGAAGCGCGCGGUUGCAGCCACUCCACCUCCCAGUCCCGGCGCAACAGUGUGGGUUAGAGAUCCUAGCUGCACAUUGAUUUCUUAUCGCUGUUAGGCUGAAGCACGAUUCUCUUCUUGGAUUUACGCUCAGAAAUCUGGUCUCUUAUAGAUUCCUUCUCAACGUCCAUUUCUUUGCACAAUGAACAGGCCAGGCACAGGCCCACAACCCCUACGAGGCAUGGCCGGCUUCCCCGCACAACAACAAGCACAGGCUCGAAACGCAGCAUUAGCAACGGCGCGGUUACCGAACGGCAAACUAGGGAGCGGAGCGAACUGGAACUUCAACUUGCCCGUCAGCGGAACACCAGGGAUGCAAGGCAGCCAACAACGCAGUAUUGGGACAAUGGGCACAUUCGCCCAGAGCUUAAGUGGUUCUCAGCCCAGCACGCCUCUGGAUCUCUCGGACUUCCCUUCGCUUUCUGGCGCGGCUCCACAAUCACAAGCACAAAAUCCGAGUCAUAUGGUAUGGGCAAAUGCCAGCCAACGUGCUAUGCAGCAGACCCCCGUUCAGAGACCGCAACAUGCUACGUCGCAAGCGCCCUCGAGACCACCUCAAACGCAAACUCAACACCCUCAGCAGCAAUCCCAGCCCGCACAUGAUGACGUAUUUCCCUCCGGCGCACAAUUUGCCAAUCGUUUGGAAGACUUCCGGAAUGGUGGCCAGGGUAUCAGUGGCCAACUGAGUGCUGGCGGACAACCCCAGACGGGCAAUAUCGAGGAAUUUCCUCCCCUCGGACGCAAUGCGCCUGCGGACCUUAGUCAGGAUCGGAGGGGCUCGCUGAUGCAGGGCACGGGGUUGGGAAGCUACAGCAGUGGCAUGCCGUUUGCUGGAGUUAAUCAGUCCCAAUCCGCGCAAAAUCGCAACAUGAUUGCUGCCUCUAUGAACGGACAAGAAAGGAUUAUGUCCCCUGCGAAUGCAAGCUCGGCAGGAAUAGACAACUCGCGAUCGCCGGUGAACCAAGGGUCGAACAGGCUUCCAGGGCCAGAAAAAGAGGAGGCCAACAGCUCGGUAGCCUCAAAUUCGGCUGGUUACAGCGAGCAACCAACAAUCAUGCGACCGCCAGGUUUUCCGGCCACGGGCAAAGAGGCCUCUGUUGCAACUGCACAAACAGCCGAACAGUCGCCUUUUGCUGAGAUGAGUGAACUUGAUAAAUUCGGUCUAGCGGGGUUGUUGCGCAUGAUCCAUAGCGAUAACGCCGAUGUUUCGAGUUUGGCUGUAGGCCAGGACUUAAUGACGUUAGGCUUGGAUCUGAAUCAGCCAGAGUAUGCGCCAUUACAUACGUCAUUCGCCUCACCAUUCGUUGCGUCCAUGACAGGCGCCCCUCUGGAGCAAGAUUUCGCCCUUCCUUCUUGCUACAGUGUAGCCAAUGUCCAACCUCUGCAAACACGGAUCCCUAGUUUUAGCGAUGAAACGCUAUUCUACAUCUUCUACAGCAUGCCCCGAGAUAUCCUACAAGAGGUUGUAGCCGAAGAAUUGAUGGGUCGGAAAUGGAGAUAUCACAAGAUCGAGCGGUGCUGGCUGACUCGCGAUGAGACGUACCCCAUUCCUGUUGAUGUUGAACGUAACAUCAGCGAAAGGGGCGUCUACCUUCUGUGGGAUCCUACCAGCUGGAAGAAGAUCAGACGUGAAUUCAUUCUUCGCUACGAGGAUCUGGACAACCGCAUGGACCCCAACCGAGGGCUUGCGCGUGUUGGAUUCCCGCACCACGGAUCAUGAAUGUCGAAUACGGUACACGGAGAGAAGGAAUGGGGUCAGCAACGGCGUUACAAAUAGGGUUCCUACCUCUUCUUUUAGGUUCCGUAAACAGUCGUUUUAAACGUUGCCAGUAAUAGCGGAGCACCCGGUGUUCUCUACAUUCUGCUAGAGAAUACCUUAGCACAUACCUCUAUCUCAAUCAAUGACUACCAUGAUCC